AACAAAAAAAGGAAAACAUGAUUCUAAGCAGAAGAUUCAAAGGGAACGCGUUUGACAGGCAAAAAUCUUAAAAUCCCACUUGCAGUCUUGCUGGCGUUUAGGACAAAACCAAAAGGUAUCCAAUUCUCUCUCAUACUCUCAAACUCCUAGGGUUUUGCCUUCUUCCCCAGUUAUCACGCUCACAAAGUUUCAAACUUUACCCCUCACUUUUCCAUUCCAGACAUUCAUGGGUGUGAUUGAUAUCCACAACACUGCCUCUUCUCUUUGCUUGAUCAAGUCCAAUAACAAUUUUCACCAAGCUUUGGUGCCUCAAAGACCCACUUGCUCAUUUCAAAGAAACGGCAAUCACAGAAGAGUUGUUGCCAUGACUUCUACUGUGCCUGUAGAACAUGUCAAUGAGGGUCAACAGAAUGUGACUGGUGACUCGUUUAUUCGUUUCCAUUUGAGGAAAUUGUCCCCUUAUCAAUCCAUUUUGCCUUUUGAGAUUUUGUCAGCGCAACUAGGAAGGAAACCUGAGGAUAUUGUUAAAUUAGAUGCAAAUGAAAAUCCUUAUGGUCCACCUCCAGAGGUACUUGAAGCUCUAGGAACUUUGAAAUUCCCAUAUAUAUAUCCUGAUCCUGAAAGCCGUAGAUUACGUGAGGCACUUGCUAUAGAUUCUGGCCUUGAAUCUGAUCACAUUCUAGUGGGAUGUGGUGCUGAUGAGCUUAUUGAUCUAAUUAUGCGAUGCACACUGGAUCCUGGUGACAAGAUUGUAGACUGUCCUCCAACAUUUACAAUGUAUGAAUUUGAUGCUGCAGUUAAUGGUGCACUUGUAACUAAGGUUUUGAGGAAACCAGACUUUAGCUUGAAUGUAGAUCUCAUUGUUGAUGCUGUUAGAAAGGAGAAACCCAAAUGCAUAUUCUUAACAUCACCAAACAAUCCAGAUGGGAGCAUAAUAAAUGAUGAAGAUCUUCUGAAAAUCCUUGAGCUUCCGAUUUUGGUGGUGCUGGAUGAAGCAUACAUUGAAUUUUCAGGACUGGAAUCUAGGAUGAAGUGGGUGAAGAAGCAUGAUAAUUUAAUUGUUCUGCGGACAUUUAGCAAAAGAGCAGGCUUAGCAGGACUCCGUGUUGGUUAUGGAGCAUUUCCCUUGAGCAUCAUUGAGUAUCUUUGGAGAGCUAAGCAACCUUAUAAUGUUUCUGUUGCUGCUGAAGUUGCUGCAUGUGCAGCAUUGCAGAACCCUACAUACCUUGAGGAUGUCAAAAAUGCUUUGGUAGAAGAGAGGGAAAGACUUUUUAAGUUUCUACAGGAAGUGCCAUUUCUCACACCAUUUCCAAGUCAUUCUAAUUUCAUUCUUUGUGAGGUUAAAUCUGGAAUGGAUGCUAAGAAGCUCAAGGACGAUCUUGCUAGUAUGGGAGUGAUGGUCCGUCACUACAAUAAGAAAGAACUGAAGGGUUUCAUUCGAGUAUCUGUUGGGAAGCCUGAACAAACAGAUAUAUUGAUGCAGUGUCUUAAGCGCCUUUCUUGAUUUACUUACCAUGUAUUUGUUAAAAGGACCUGUUCGGAAGCCUGAUCAAAUAGAGUAUCUGACAUGGUAUUUCUUUGGCCCCUUGUUUUUGAGUAAUUUUGUAACAAACUGGAAUUGCAACUUCAUGGCCAGUGAAUAUUAUGGAAUUCCAAAAGCUUAUGGAUUUCCCACGUCGUAAAAA